UCAGUGCAGUAAGUUUGUGCUUGUUGAACGCUGUCAAGAGAACGGAAUGUGUAGUAGUAGGUUAAGCUCUAAGUCGAGGUAGUAGCAGGACGCGAAAAGAUUAGACCUUUUUUUGCCUGGGUGCAAUUGACAUUUUGCCCCCGCAAAUGGCCAUUGAGGUGCACUCUUUUUUGGCAACAGAGCGCUGAUUCAGGAUUAAACGGGUUUUUUUUCGCUCUCUUCUCUUUUUGACCGUUAGCUUUACUAUCGCUGUCUUUCCAGUUUAGUGACCAGUGACAGGACACGGCAAUGGGCUGUCGCCAAUAAAACAACUCGAGAGGGUCGGGUAGGAAGGAAUCAGCGAUUUUGGAAUUGAGAACUGAGGGAGCUCGCGGCGGGUUGACGAAGGAUACGACCCAGGUCUUCCCUAUUUCAACCCAUUGGGAGACGACGAUUUUGACAGCUGGACAGUGAUUGCGCUACGGGAAUGCGUUUCUUGUGUGACGCGAGAUCACUUUCUUCUCGGCAGCAGCUCCCGAGCUGUGGGUCAGAGUUGUAAAAGGUAUUACAUCAGUGAGACUGGAGUGCGGUACAAUUGAUCGCGGUGCACGGCGCGGAAACUGAGGUGGCUGGUUGGGAGUGAGUGGAGAGGACGUUGGACGACCGCUGUGGAAGGCUACCAACACCAAAGAGCGCAUCGCUGCAGUAGGCUAUUGGAUUGGGCAAGACGCACACAUUGAUGGAAUGCGACUGUAACAGUCCAUCUUCAGCCUUUUUCUUGACUGAAUAGAUAAGUAGACAAGCCAUUAAGAAGAACUCACACUCAUAAGUGAAGGCACGAUGGCAGACACGACAGCCCCGGACUCGAUUCCGACGCUGGACGUCGUUAUCGACCCGGAUUUCGAGCCCCAGAAGCGACCAAGAUCAUGCACUUGGCCCCUGCCCGAGUCCAUCGCCAACAAGCCCGAGACGACGGAGGCGGACAUCAUCCCAGAGGAAGAAGAUGACGAGGAGGACAGCGCAAUGACCAUCAACGGAGAGGACCAGGGAAGCCCUGGGCUGAUGGCCGAAGGACUGCACGCAGCGGCCGCCCAGGAAGGCUCCAACUCCCCUCUCCCCUCGCUCUCUCCAGGCGACGGUGGUAGUGGUGGCAAACCCACAGAGCUGGUAGGCGCCCCGGGAAGCCAGCAGCAGACGCCGCGGAAGUCUUCCUCUCGCCGCAACGCAUGGGGCAACCUGUCCUACGCGGACCUCAUCACCAAAGCCAUAGAGAGCGCACCGGACAAGAGACUCACACUGUCCCAAAUCUACGACUGGAUGGUGCGAAGUGUACCCUACUUCAAAGACAAGGGCGACAGCAACAGCUCGGCUGGGUGGAAGAACUCCAUCCGGCACAACCUGUCGCUGCACAGCCGCUUCAUCCGCGUGCAGAACGAGGGCACGGGCAAGAGCUCCUGGUGGAUGCUGAACCCCGAGGGCGGCCGCGGGGGCAAGGCGCCGCGGCGCCGCGCCGUCUCCAUGGACAACAGCAGCAAGUACACCAAGAGCGCCCGGGGCCGCGCCGCCAAGAAGAAGGCGGCCCUGCAGGCUGCCGCGGCCGCUGCCGAGGCCUCGGGAGAGAUCCCCAACGGGCUGAGCAAGUGGCCCGGUAGCCCCAUGUCCCGCAGCAGCGACGAGCUGGACUCCUGCUGGACCGACUUCCGCUCGCGCACCAACUCCAACGCCAGCACGCUCAGCGGACGCCUGUCGCCCAUCCUGGCCAAUCCGGAGCUGGACGAGGUCCCGGACGACGAGCUGGGCCCGCCCCUGUCGCCCAUGCUCUACUCCAGCCCCAGCAGCCUGUCCCCGCCCUCCUCCGCCUCGUCCACGACCAAGCCGGGCGUAGGGGAGCUGCCGCGACUGGCCGACCUGGCCGGGACCAUGAACCUCAACGACGGGCUGGCCGACCAGCUCCUGAACGACAUCAUGGACAACAUCGACAUCGUCACCUCCACCCCUGUGCCCGUGACCAUGGCCGGCCUGAAGGUGGCAGGGCUGACUUUCGGUCCCACCUCCAAGACCGGCAACGCUGGCAGCUCGCCCGGCGGUGGUGUUGUCGGUGUCGGGGGUCUGUCUUCGUCUGGGCACGCGGGAAGCGGUGUGAACGGCGUGGUGGGCGUGAACGGCGUCAGCGGCACCUUCACCAACUCCAUCUUCAGCCCUCCGAGCGGCGCCCUGCGGCAGUCGCCCAUGCAGACCAUCCAGGAGAACAAGGCCACCUCCUUCUCCCCGUCCUCCACCUCCUCACCCUCCUCUUCGUCGGCGUCCUCCUCCUCCUCCUCUGCGCGCUUCGCCAACGCCACCUUGCAGGACCUGCUCAACAGCGACCCGCUGGGCACGCACAGCCGCGGCGACGUCCUCAUGACCCAGUCGGACCCGCUCAUCUCGCAGGCCAGCUCCACGCUCACCUCGCAGAACCGCAGCAGCCACAGCCACAGCCACAGCCACCGCAACUCCCUCAGCGGCCUGCUGCUGCGCAACGACCCCAUGAUGUCAUCUUUCUGCGGCGUCGGCAUCAACGGCAUCAAUGGUAGUGGGGUGCAGAUCCAGAACAGUCACCUCCAGCAGCAGCAGCAGCAGCAGCAACAGCAGCAGCAUCAACAGAACCUUCAGCAGCACCACCAGCAGCAGCGGCAGCAGCAGCACCACCACCACCACAACCACAACCACCACAACCAACAGCAGGGCAACAGUGCCAAGGGCCUGCUGCGCUCCUCCCUGACGCCCGCCAACGGGCUCCUCAGCCAGGCCAACGACGCCAACAACCUGGCCUCCGCCAAGCAGCAGCUGAUGCAGCUGAGCGAGGCCUCCACCGCCUCCCUCUUCAACGGCCUGAACGGCAGCAGUGGGUUGACCACCAACAACAGCAGCCUGGGCCUGGGCCUGGGGCUUGGCCUGGGUGGGGGCGGAGGCGGCAUGUGCCUGCCCCCCUCCAACACCCUGGGACCCGAGGCCUUCCCCGCGGACCUGGACCUGGACAUCUUCAGCGGCAGCCUGGAGUGCGACGUGGACUCCAUAAUCCACAGCGACCUGAUGGACGCCGACGGACUGGACUUUGACGCGCUCGUCUCGGCCAACCUGGACGCGUUCAUCGGCCUCGGCCCCGCGGUCGGGAACCUCAACGGCACCAAGGCUGGCAGCUGGGUACCCGGCUAAGAGGCGGGAAGAGACUGGCCAGGACCGGGAGCAUAGGUGGACACGUGGCAGAUGAAGACUCAGACUUGGUGCAUAAAGAAAGCAGUCAACAAGCUAACAAAGUCAAGAGACCGUCAGAACAAGCAGUCCAUCCAACUCAGACUCAUGCCAGCACCUUUGCCAAAAUAUCACCACCACCAAGCACCAAAGUCUGUUUACAGAAGACACAACCUUCCAUAGACUCGUCCCCUAUCUCACGCACACACACACACACACACACACACACACACACACACACACUUGUUUGCUUUUUGAUUCCGUCUAAACACACUGACGACAAAGGAGGACCAGGCAGUAGCGAACUCCUUUGGAAGAGCUGCAGCCUCUUCCUCAUGAUCUGAAGAGACACGGCUGAAAAGACAACGAACUUCAAACUGUUGCAUUUGGUGGCAUUGAAGAACCUGGAGCUUUGCUUGAAGGAUUUAAAGAUGCAGUCCGUGCGAUUGGCUAUCCUGUCAGCCAGUCAAAUCACAACCAUCACCCACCCCGUCGUGCUCCUUAAGACUCUUUGUUUUGAUUGGAUGUGAUGGUUUAUGACUCCACCCCCUCCCCAAGACUGAACAUUGGAGCUGUUUUUUUCUGUGUCUGAGCAAACUGUUGUGGACGGCUCUUGGACUGCUGCAUGGAGCAGAACGUUUUGUGGAAUUAUCUGGGAUCGCGGAGUGCAUCUUUAAACACAAGUACACGUAGAUGUAAAGCCCUACCUGUAAAAAGAGCUCAAGAUAAAGGAAAAAAAAAACAAUGUUGACUAGUUUUGUGAUGUUUACCUUAACUUUGUGGUUUCCUGGAGGUUUCACCUCCCCCCUCCUCCUCCUCCCCUCGGGACUGUUGUUGUUGUUCUCAGAAGCUGAUGUUUGUGAUUUUAAAAUGUCUGUGUGACCAUUAUCACCCUGCUUCCUUUUUUUUCUCGGGUGUGGACAUGGAGGAAACUCAAGUGGUGCAUACAUACCAGAACACACAUUCACAAACACACACACACACACACGACGACAAGCUCAACAUGAAGACCAGCAUGCUCAGGAGGACUCUCACAAUACUCGUUGCACUUCUGAGUGUCCUGAUAACUUGGUGCACUUCUGAUUGUGUUGUUUUUGCGUUUCGUCUUUCCUCCCCCCCCCCCCCCCCACCCACCCACCCUCGAAUGCAUUUAUUAGCGCAAAACUCAAAAUUGAACUAAUAACGAACCUUUUUUGUUUUGUUCUGAACAAGUUAACACCUUAUUUUAGGUUAAUACUAUAGAAGAAGUUUGUUAUUAUUGUUAAUGCAUAUUGUAUGUAACUGUAAAAAAGAGUGUGAUAAUCUGUCCAGAUUUUCUUGGAAUGCUCAUCGAUGCUUUUAGAGGUAAUGUGAGUGUAAAACAAAAUGUAGCCAAACUUUAAAAAAAAGAUUGAACUUGUGUACGUCCUAGCGUUGUGAACAUUUACCAGGCCAUACCAGGUGCUAAUCCUUCAGUGUUGAGCCUCCGUUUGGUUUACGGGCUUUGUAUCAAGGUCCCGCAAAGCACGUGAGGACGUAGCAUUAUCGUUAGCGAUAGCACUUCAAGUUACAACGGGGACACAUACAUGCGAAAUAUGCGAAGCGAACUUUGCCAUUCCUUCCUAUGAGGCACCGAAGUGGGGCGAAGGCAACCGAACAGGGGUGAAGCAAAGUGAAAAUAUUUGGUCAUGUUUAAUAUUAUACUAAUGAAGAGUGAAUUUCUGCCUGCGAUGACCAAUGCAAUCAACAACGUAAAUGUUUCAAUUGAUUUGAUUGGCCGCAGCGAUUUGUUGACCUCGUUGAGCCGUCAGAAAGAAGGGGUAUUCUCGGAAGCUGGUUCAGGAGUAAACCAGGUUAGGUUGAGAGGUAAAUCAUCUAUACUAAGAAGCUGGUUCAGGAGUAAACCAGGACUCCGUUUCUCGAUUCUUGUCGUUGCUAACCGUCUUAAGUCGGUCUUGAGUUGGUCGUAAGUUGCUCUUGAGUUGGUCUUAAGUUGGUCUUCAGUUGGUCUUUAGACGCAAGACCAACUUAAGAACAACUUAAGACCAACUCAAGACCUUGGUUACAACGUUGGUCUUAAGAACGAACAAAAUGGCUAACGUCGUUAGCAAAGGCACUGUCGAGAAACAACCCCCAGGUUAAGCUAAGAGGUAAAUCAUCUAAUAGAAGAGCCUGGACUCCAGCUUUCUGGGUAUAGGCCCUGGAACACUGAAUUUCGCCUCUCUUCGCUUCGCUCAUUUGGCUUCCAUGUGUCCCUGGCGUUUGCUGUCAGCAUACACAGUCACUCCCAGGCAGCCAGAAGAUACUUCCUCCUCCUGGACGCCAUUUUUACUGAGCAGAAACAAUAAGCUAUCUUUUGUACAUUUGCCAAAACUACUUGAACACUGCGAGGAUGCUGGCAGCCAGAAAAAAAACAAAAGACGAAGCUAAAACGAAAAAAACACCUGAUAUUGAAUAAUACAAACACACACACAGUUGCGCACACAUGCAACAAAACAUUUUCUCUCUCUCUCUCUCUCUCUCUCUCUCUCUCUCUCUCUCUCUCUCUCUCUCUCUCUCUCUCUCUCUCUCUCUCUCUCUCUCUCUCUCUCUCUCUCACACACACACACAAUGUAAUAUGCAACUGCAUCAUCUGUGCUCAGGGGGAGACGUGUGUCACCUCAGCAACUCUGUGACACCAUCUCAAUAUUUCCGCAAUUUGGUUGUACAAAAAUACUUAAUGGGGUUAAGAAAAACAAACACAAGUGCAUAGUGAAUAAGAAAUAUUUCAAUGUUGUGAAUAUUUAGCUACAUGCUGCAAUCAUUUGGAGUAGGGAAAAGAGAUGAUCAGAAAAAAGCAUCCUGGAUUUUUUAUUUUUUACUUUUGUUGGUUUUUCUGUUUGCUUUUCCAGGUUUUAAUUAUUAUUUUAUUCUUUCCUUCUCGCUCCCCAUCUUUACUGUUUUCAUGUGCUCGCCAGUCCAAAUGACGACAUGUUAGCCUGGGACAGUAACUCCGAUCUCAGUAACUCUGUGUGUUCUUCUUCUGAUGUAUAUUUGGUUCAGUUUUCGUUUUCAUUUUUGUUUUCCGACUCUUCCCUGUCCUCAGUCGGGACCUGGCUCCUUGGUACUGCAUACGUCCAAACGAAUGCAUGUGUGUAAAUAUGCAUAAUGCAUCUGGUCAAGUCCAUGUAUGACUAUUAUGUAUGACCUGUUAUCGCUCUUGCUUUUAUCGGUGUAGUUUCCCUGUGGUUGAAGCCUGUUCACCUGCAAAGGGGGUUGGUCGCCUGUUGAUUUGAGUGUCAUGUUUUUUGUGUGGCUGGUCUUUCAUAUUUGUAAGGAGUCGGUACGUAGAAUGGCACUCUGUUGCCGCAGCAACCCCACCAUAGCCGUAACCAACAACCCAAACCUGCCGCACUCCCAGACCAACUCAGGGGUGUGUUUCUCGGAAGCGUAGUUGUUAGCAGUUAACAACUUGGGUUGUUAUCAUGGGAAAUUGCAUUGCAAACAACAAAGUAGCUAACAAAGUUAGCAACUAUGGUUUCCAGAAUUGCAUCCCAGCUUUGGAACUGUCCCAAGACCACAAAGCAAGCUUUUACAAUCUGGGUUCUUACAAAUCAAACCAGUGCUGUGUGGAAUUUGUCAAGUUCCUAACGAAACAUUUUUUCCUCCCUGUUUGUUUUUGUUUGUUUGUUUUUACUCAACACUAGAUUUGCGCCAGUAAACAACAGUAGGCAGUUUGAUUUUUUCCCCCCCCAAAAAAGCAAAAGCUUGACUGUAAAUGAUCUCUGCAAAUCAAAUUACAUAAACAAAAUGUUCCCAGUGAGUUCAUACCGGUAGUAUGUUAGCACAGCCAAUGAAAUGUAGCAGGAAACCUCUCCAUUGCACACAGUGAAUGACCGCACUCCCCCUGAUUAGGCCAACAGGUGGGGACAAACUAGCCAGGCCACGCCCUCCUAGUGAUGCAACACCUUUAGCAUUGCCACUUGUCAGGUCCUCCCACUUUGUCGUGAAGCAAACAACCAUUAGCAAACCAAGGGAGGCGGGUCAACCAUGCAGUUUGGGAAAUGUUCAUUUUUAUGCACUUCGUCAGACCAAGUCUCGAAGAGAUUUGAAAGUCGAUGAUAAUCAGGCUAGGUACAAACAGGCUCGGAGCUGGCAACUUAUUGCAUUGCAUGUAUUGAGGUGUGUGGGGGGGGGACUCUCGGACAGAGCUGGACUGAAACUAUAAAAAGGCCUGGGCAGUCUUGAACGGCAUGCCCUGUAUUGCCAGACUAGCCUGUAGCCCCUUAAUGCGCGCCGUACCUCCAGUGGCACGCUGUAAUAGUCAUUGAAAUGUAACUACCACAGCACUACAAUACUAUGACAAAACACAGACCCUUUAGUAAUGCACCACGACUUGGUCAUUACCAUACUGGUAACAACAAAUGUAUGAGGCCGCGUCUUAAGGGGUUAAUAUGAUGAUUUUGAGUCCGGAGUUCUGGCCAUGCCUGUCAGUAGGGAUCAGUGUUGCCAGAUUGGGCUACUUGGGAUGGCCGUCUGCGGGUAAAAAUGGGGAAAAUUGGCCAUUUGGUAUUUUUUUCCUGCAGUUUUGUGCCCAUAGAAAUCAAUGCAAUUUGUUGAAAUUGGGCAGAAUUUUGUGCAUUUUGGCGGUUUUUGAGAACCUUUUUGAGCGGGAUUUGAUCUUACACAUCUGGAACACUGGUGGAGACAUUGAUUUAUGUUAUUAUGCCAGACAUGGGGCCACGAUCGCACUUGCGUGAAACCGAUCAUUCAAAUGCGUUGUGUGUUCACAUACACGCGUUAGCUCCGCACCGAUAUCAUUGGUUUAGCAAAAUUGCAAAUGCAGACAUGGUUUGGAGAUAAAGAGGAAGUGGAUUAUCUGGUGUGCAACUUGUCGACUGGCCACCCCUCCCUAUACUAGCGCCACCUGACUGCAGCAUGAGUGCUUGCCAGCUAGUAAACUACCAAGAAUACGAAACUUUGCUUUUGCAGUGCCGAUAUCAGACAUCCAAGUAUGCUGAUCCUUUUCACAUACACAUUCUUAUGUACAUACAGUACAUACACACACAGGCGUACAUAGACACACACGUGAUCCAUGUUUAGUUCCACAAAACAGUUUGUAGGUUUUGGGUAGAAGACAUAGUAUAUCCGGGCCUGACCGUGGCCUAACGGUAGGGCACCUGGGUCCUUUGCCAACCCUUUCCCCGUCUCUCUCUCUCUCCCACUCGCUUCCUGUCCAUAUCUUCACUGUCUUGUCACACAAAUAAAGGCAAAAAUCCCCUCAAUUAAAAAAAAAGAAGACAUGGUAUAUUCAGACCUGAACCAUACCCAGCAAAGUGACAUAAUCUCAGUCGGCCCCAUCAUAUGUUACACUAUAUCUCUCUUGACCCCAUAAUCGUCAGCUCGGCUGCUGUACCCAGACCUGUUACUUCAGCUCAGAGUUCUUUCAGAAUCUGGCUUGGGGAGAUCUCAUGCCCUUAGCUACCAAGCUAACACGUACUCCACUUCCUAGUCUACUUUGAUCUCUCUAUGCAGACGUUACUGCUUGUCAAUACACACCAACAAUGAUGACAUCAGAGCACCUCUUCUCUACUGUCCAAUAGCAAACGAUUUCUCUCGUCCACACACCUAACAACACAUUUUGACCUUUUUCAUCCUUGCCUUCUUCUCACUUCCCAGCUCCACACACACACACAUAUACAGUGCAGUACACAAACACUCAUACAGUACACCCUGUCAAUAGUAUGGCUUCUGUAUUUGAUGUUAGUGGGUAUUUCUCCUGUGUACGCCAUUUUCAAUUGUAAUCUAGUUUGUAUAAGAAAUGGUGCGCAUGUAAAUAAAGCUCGGUGAAGCUCA